AUGACGGUUGAUCGUGAUUUAAUUUUUGACAAUUUUACGAAUAAUGAAAUAAGAGACCGCAUUCUCUUGCGCGCGCAUGAUGAAAGGUACCCAGUAGCAACAUCUGAGUCUCACAACGAGAGAAGACCUGUAUCUUCAUCAGAUGAUCAUAGCCUGAGAAAGCCAGUUACAAAGGAAGAGUCUCAUGAUUUACGAAGGCCGGUACCAUUGCAACAAUCUCAUGAUUUACGGUGGCCCGUACUAGAAGAUGAUACUCAUGAUUUGAGGAAUCCAAUUGUGGAGGAUACCAUCCCUCAUCAGUCAAAUGUCUCAGAAACUAUUCAAGAAGAUUCUUUGAAGCACACAUCUCCAUUGGUGGAUAACUUUGAAAACUUGGAAUCAUCUUUAGAAGCUGACAUGAUUGGACUACUUUCGCAAACCAUCGACGAAAGCGAUAUUUUUGUUGGCCGCUCAGGCGAAAACAUAAUGAAUGACAUUUCUCAAAUUUGUGGAAGAUCUGGUCGAAGUCUGAUGGCGAGGCUGGUUGGUGGACAUCAAUCGCCCUAUCUCCGAUGGCCGUGGAUGGUUUCUUUGCGUGUUAAGAAAAGCAAAGGAUUCCGUCACAGAUGUGGUGCAGCUCUCCUAAAUCAUCUGUGGGCAAUUACAGCGGCUCAUUGUGUGCAUGGAUAUAAAAUAAAAGACGUUCGACUCCGACUCGGCGAUUAUAAUCUGCACACCACUGACGAGCCUCAUCCUCACGUAGAACCCGAAGUGUUCGUGAUUAUUGUCCAUCCUGCUUUUCAACCUGAAACAUAUGAGAAUGACUUAGCCCUGCUGCGCUUCCGUCAGGCAGUCAAGUUCCAGGAUAAUAUAGCUCCUGUUUGCUUGCCAGUUUCUUUAGGUGACGUCACUGGAAGAGAAGGUGUCGUGACUGGCUGGGGCAAGUUGUCAGAAAGAGGUAAAUCUCCUGGUGUUCUUCACGAAGUCCAUAUGCCAAUAUUGACAAAUGCCGAGUGUGAGGAGCUGUACGCAGAGACUGGCAUUCCAGAAACAAUUUCAGACGUUUUCCUGUGUGCUGGCCAUCCUAAAGGUGGAUUUGAUACUUGCAAAGGAGACUCUGGAGGACCACUUGUUAUUGAAAACGAAGGACAAUGGAAUCUUAUUGGUAUCGUUUCUUGGGGCCGCAUUUGUGCUGCCCCCAAGCAGCCUGGUGUUUACACUCGCAUAACGAAAUUCAUAGAUUUCAUAAAUAAAUUCAUCAUUUAUUGA